CGUUUUUUUCUGAGUCCUUCCGCUCUCCGUCAUACAGUGAGUGCGCAAUGCCCAUGCGUGGGGUUUAGAGUUGAAGGAACCAACAUGUCGCUGGAAGACCCGUUCUUCGUAGUGAAAGGGGAGGUGCAGAAGGCCCUGUCUCGUGCACGAGGGCUGUAUGAGCGCUGGGAGGAGCUUCUGCAGGAGGGAACGCAGGUGAGUAAAGAUGAGCUGGACUGGAGCACCAACGAGCUUAGGAACUGUCUGAGGGCCAUAGACUGGGACCUGGAGGACCUGCAUGAGACCAUCAGCAUUGUGGAGUCCAACCCUGGCAAGUUCAAACUGGGAGACAAUGAGCUGCAGGAGAGGAGAGACUUUGUGGAGAGGACGAGGCAAGCUGUACAGGAGAUGAAGGAACAGCUCUCCAGUCCCUCUGUUGUGGCCCAGGCUGAGAAGAAAAACAGACAGGCUCUGCUGGGAGAGGCAGCCGGGCAGGACCAGUCCACCAGGCUGGAGGCUCACCUGGUGUCUGCUAACUCCAGAUACAUCCAGGAUCAACAGGAGCAGCAGCAGCUGAUCGUGCAGGACCAGGAUGAGCAGCUGGAGCUGGUGUCCGGCAGUAUCCGGGUUCUGAAGGACAUGUCUGGACGCAUCGGAGACGAGCUGGACGAACAGGCUGUCAUGCUGGGAGAGUUUGGUGAUGAGAUGGACCAGACAGGAUCCAGGAUGGACUCAGUCCUCAAGAAGAUGGAGAAGGUCUCCCACAUGACCAGCAGCAGGAGGCAGUGGUGUGCGAUAGGUGUGCUGGUGGUCAUCAUGGUCGUCGUCCUCAUCCUGUUCUUCGCCCUCUGAUGGACGACGCUCUCCUCCAAACGCGCCCACCCUCACCUCCCACUCAUUUGACAGUAUUGGAAUAUUUCUUACCAGAGUGUGUGUGUAGCGAGUUCCGAGUUUCCUCAUGGAAACGUCAUCCUUCCGAGAAUGGGUUAGUCAGGAGGAAGAAAAAAAGCUUUAUGAGAAGGAAGAAGGAAAUUGUUGCUGGGCAGGUUAUAAUAGCACAGCUGGCUCACCUCUCGCUCUUUCGCCAUCUAGUGGACAGUGGAGGUACCUUCCAUUUCAUAGCAAUGUUGGGUAACUUGCAUAAAGACACUACAAACUAUGUAUUAAAUAUAUUUUGUGGCCUGAGCACACAUAAUGAUAACGUGUAAAUACUGUGCGUGCAAUGUAAAACGUUUCUUUUCAUUCGGUUGCUUUGAGAUUGUGUUUGAAGCGUUUGAGGAAGAAAAAAAAGAACGCUUUUGUGAAUACUCUUGCUGUGUAUUCUCACUAGCUCUUUUCAGGACCGUUUUGCAGUAAGCUGCUGAUGUCAUGGUGUCACAGAACCCCAGUCUGCUCCACCAUUGGUGGGUUUUGUCAGGACCUCUCAGGAUUGGCUGACAGUCUGGCCCAGUCCCAAUACUUCGCAGGUUUUUACUUCCUCUCAUCCAAUCAGUCAAAAUAGUCACGGGCCAUUUGUGAUAAUGACCUUAGAUCAGUUAGCACUGAAAACUGAGUGUAUUUAGCGACAAUGGACAAAUACUAACUACUAGUUAGUAUUUGGAGGUACUCUGGACAGUGUUGGAACGUGGCCGGAUUGAGAGGGGAGGGGUUAGCAAUCAGGGGCCUGGUGCCAUUUCUUCUGUGCCAACGGUCAGUGUUUGUCCAGCUGUUGGAAAUGACUGUUUGGUAUCAUCAGCCACUACUGCCUUGGGCAAUGAAGGAACAUGAAUGGAGGGUCAAUAUUUUCUGUCUCCCUUCUUUCUUUGCAACUUUCAGAUGUGUGUAACACCUUGUCAUUAAGCGUAAAGAUGUGAGUCCAAACGGCGCAAGCUCCGUCCACUUGGACAGCCCAGAUGGACGAAACGCACCACCUUCCUACGUGUUACCUCUGACAAAGCUCUAAGCCUUCACGUUUAUUUGCUUUCUAACCAAAACUCCAGAUGCCUGGGGGUCAUUUCUACAACUUUAAAGAUUUGUAAGUCCCUACAAAUGAUGUGUAGAUGCUCAACCUACCUGUAAGCUGGUGUGUAGUCACCUGUCUUCAGGUCGCACAGCUGAGGAAACGCAGCCUUUUCCAAACAGACCUGCCUGUUGAAGUCUGCCCGUAUUUUUGUAACGUGUUCUUGUGUUAAUACUGUGUCGAUGAUAAACAUUUCUUUAUUGUAUGAUUCUAAAGGAAAAUAUACACAAGUUAUUCUUAAAUAAAGCAUUAUAUGCUUUUAAAACGG